AUGGCUGACUCCAGUGACCUUGGUCAUCCAGAGGAACCAAUUUAUAAUAUUGAUAGUGAUGAACUUGAGGCUGAAAGUGAAAACAUUCAAUGUGAUGUGAAUGUUGAAGAUAGUGUCAAUGUCGAAGAUGGAGUGAAUGUGAUUCCCUCUUCAAGUAGUGGUCCGUUAGAGCCAUUCAUUGGUAUGAUAUUUGAGGAGGUCGAAGACGCCCAAACAUUUUACAAGGCAUAUGCAAGGCGACAAGGAUUCGCAAUCCGGACGAAUCAUACUCGAUUGUUGAAAGAUGAUAAAACUCUUUGUGCAGUAGACCAUGUUUGCACAAGGGAAGGAUUUCGGCGAGUAAGUCAGAAAGACACAGAUCGACAACUCCCUGAACCCGCUGAGACAAAGAUUGGAUGUAAGGCAAUGAUGGGAAUAAAGAAAAAUGGUGAAAAGUGGAUAGUCAACAAGUUUGUAGUUGGACAUAAUCAUAUUCUACUUACACCGAGAAGUACUAGCUUCCUUCGUGGGCAUAGGAGAGUUACUAAAGUCCAAAAAAAACUUAUUAUGACUUUGAAUGAAUCCGGUGUACCGACAAGAAAAAUAAUGUCGGUGUUGAGUAAAGAUUCAGGUGGUGAAUUUAAUGUCGGUUGUAUUGGCAUGGAUGUAGAAAAUUACUUGGGAAGCAAAAGGAGGAAAAUAUUUCAAGAAGGGGAUGCACAAAGGUUAUAUUCAUACUUUCUUGAUCGACAACUCAAAGAACCUGGGUUUGUUUUCUCCAUGCAAGUUGACAAGGAUGGGAGUAUGGGAAGCUGUUUUUGGGCUGAUGCGAGAUCAAGAGCUGCAUAUCAAUAUUUUGGGGAUGUUGUUACAUUUGAUGCCACUUACCUUACCAAUAUUUAUAAAAUGCCAUUUGUGCCAUUUUCUGGAGUUAAUCAUCAUCACCAGACCAUAAUGUUCGGUUGUGCUUUGUUGGUUAAUGAAACGGGAGAAUCAUAUACAUGGUUAUUGAGAACAUGGCAAGAAGCAAUGCUUGGGCGUGCCCCAUCAACGAUAAUUACCGAUGAUGACAAGGCGAUGGCUAAGGCAAUUGUAGAGGUACUCCCGAAUACAACUCAUAGGUUGUGCUUGUGGCACAUUUUACAAAAAUUUCCCGAACACUUGGCCCAUGUAUACAACAAGUUUCCGGACUUUCAGAAAGAUUUUCGUCAUUGCAUACAUGAGACAAUUACUACUGAUGAGUUCGAGCAAGAAUGA